AUAUAAAUUUGGAUAUUGUGUUUGCAUUGUACUGUAACUUGGACGUAUUUUUAAAUUCUUGUCUUGAUAUAUUGCUUCUUCCGAGCGAAUUUGAAUAUUUUAUUUAAUAGCUAGAAUGGCUGAUAGUGCAGCAAUAGAAAGGGAAAAGCAUAUGAAACAAUUAAAACGUAGAAUGGAAUGUUGGCGUGAAGUGAUACUUCCAUUAAAUUCUAUUUUAUUAUGGGAACGAUCUUGGUAUCCUGGUCUUAUACUUGGAAUUACAACCACAAUAUUUUUUUUGAUAUGGAUGUUGGAACCUGCAAUACUUACAAUAAUAUCUGUCUCUCUUCUUAUAUUGGCUUUGGUUGAUUAUCUUGUACCACCUGUAUCAUCUUUGCUAAGUCCUGUUAACAAAUGGACUGGCCAGAAAGAGAAAAAAUUAAAUGAAAUUUGCCAAAAUUUAUCUAUCAUAAUUUUACAGUUACAAAGUCUAUGGAAAUUAAUGUUAAAGACAAGAAAUGAUCGUCCUAAUGUUUAUUAUGCAGGAAUAAUAACUUGUCUCAUUAUUUGUAUAUGGAUUGGAAGCACAAUUAAUAAUUUGCUGUUGUUUUAUAUAACAGUGAAUAUUCUUUUACUUACACCAGGAUUCAGAUAUAAAGGACGAGCAAUGUCAGUUAUAUCAUAUGUGCGCGAUUCUUUAUCUCAUGAUAAACAAUCAUAAUCAUCAUUUUGUAUGUGUUUUUCUUCAUUCUCUGUGAG